AAUCUUGAAUUCGCCAUUGUCAAAUCCAAUUCGGUUUUCAUUCGGGCAAGUAAGUUUGCAGUGUUUUUUAUUGUCAGCUAAAUUCAAUAUGCAUAGAGCGCACACAGCUUUCAAUUUGGUGUUAUCACCGGUUGCUCAAAAAAAUUUUGCAACAUGGUUGGUAAAGGAUGGCAGUACAAAGGUGUGGAAAAAUUCAACGAUUUUGGCCGCUAUUCGUGCAUAUAGCUCGGCGCCAGCUGAACAAUUCGCAUCAGGCACGUCCGCGACUUACGUUGAAGAAAUGUACAAUUCAUGGUUACGAGAUCCAACCUCAGUGCAUACAUCGUGGGAUGCAUAUUUUCGCAGUAACUCAUAUAAUGCACCACCAGACUUUCAGCCUGUGCAGAGAAAUUUGGUACCGCUUUCCAGCAGCAUUAACGCACUUUCAUCGGGUGGAGCAAUUGAUUCAAAGACCAUCGAGGAUCAUUUAGCAGUGCAGGCAAUUAUCAGAAGUUAUCAGUCACGCGGUCAUUUGGCAGCUGAUUUGGAUCCUCUAGGCAUCCUGAGGCAGGAUACCACAGUCAGCAAAGAUGGUCAAACCCGACGAGCUAACGAAGCUGUGCUGCGGCAGCAUUCGUCAUUUUUCGUUGGUGAGCAAGAUAUGGAUCGGCCCUUUAAACUUCCUAGCACUACGUUCAUAGGUGGAGAUGAAACUACUUUACCUUUACGAGAGAUACUCAACCGCCUGGAAAAUGUAUAUUGUAAUAAAGUGGGGGUUGAAUAUAUGUUCAUUAACUCUUUGGAACAAUGUAAUUGGAUUAGAAAGCGUUUUGAAACACCUGGUGUUAUGAACUUUUCGCCAGAACAAAAACGUCUCAUUCUAGCCCGAUUAACACGUGCUACAGGGUUUGAAGCCUUUUUGGCUAAAAAAUAUUCAUCUGAAAAACGCUUUGGAUUAGAGGGUGGCGAAAUGCUCAUACCGGCAAUGAAAGAGGUCAUUGAUGUUUCAACAGAAUUAGGCGUUGAAUCGGUAAUUAUGGGUAUGCCACAUCGUGGACGCCUGAAUGUCUUGGCAAACGUGUGCCGAAAACCUUUACCCCAAAUAUUCACACAAUUUGCCGGUUUGGAAGCAGCUGAUGACGGCUCAGGCGAUGUGAAAUAUCACUUGGGAACUUAUAUUGAACGUUUAAAUCGUAUCACAAACAAAAAUAUCAGAUUGGCUGUUGUUGCCAAUCCUUCUCAUUUGGAGGCAUCCUGCCCCGUAGUGCAGGGCAAAACUCGUGCAGAACAAUUUUACCGCGGAGAUCAAGAAGGUAAAAAGGUCAUGUCUCUCCUUUUGCAUGGCGAUGCUGCAUUCUGUGGUCAAGGUGUUGUCUAUGAAACGAUGCAUUUGUCUGACCUACCCGACUACACCACUCACGGCACUAUCCAUGUUGUAGUUAAUAACCAAAUCGGCUUCACAACGGAUCCUCGCUUUUCACGUUCCUCACCUUAUUGCACGGAUGUCGCACGUGUUGUAAAUGCUCCAAUAUUUCAUGUAAAUGCUGACGACCCGGAAGCCGUUGUGCAUGUAAGUAGAGUAGCCGCAGAAUGGCGUGCUACGUUCCAUAAAGAUGUUGUCAUCGAUUUGGUUAGUUACCGUCGGAACGGUCACAACGAAGUAGAUGAACCCAUGUUUACACAACCGCUUAUGUAUCAAAAAAUUAGGAAUCACAAAACUUGCUUGGAAUUGUACGCAAAUAAGCUCAUUGCUGAGGGCACUGUCACCCCGGAAGAAGUUAAAGCUGUAGCUGAUAAGUACGACAAAAUAUGCGAGGAAUCGUUGGAAUUAGCUAAGCAAGAAACUCACAUCAAGUACAAGGAUUGGCUUGAUUCUCCUUGGUCUGGUUUUUUCGAAGGCAAAGAUCCAUUGAAAGUAUCCCCAACUGGAGUGAAAGAGGAAACUCUUGUCCAUAUUGGUAAUCGAUUUUCGUCACCGCCCCCAAAUGCUGCGGAAUUCGUUAUUCACAAAGGAUUGCUCCGAGUGUUGGCUGCACGCAAGACAAUGGUUGAUGAGCGCAUUGCUGAUUGGGCCUUGGCUGAAGCAAUGGCAUUUGGAUCAUUGCUUAAAGAAGGUAUUCAUGUGAGGUUGUCUGGUCAGGAUGUGGAACGAGGCACAUUUUCUCAUCGCCAUCACGUUUUACAUCAUCAGUUGGUGGAUAAAGCUGUAUAUAAUCCUUUACAACAUCUGUAUCCUGAUCAAGCACCGUAUUCUGUUUCGAACAGUUCUCUUUCAGAAUUUGCAGUGUUGGGCUUCGAGCAUGGCUAUUCCAUGACAAAUCCCAAUGCGUUGGUAUUAUGGGAAGCUCAGUUCGGUGAUUUUUGUAAUACCGCUCAGUGUAUCAUUGAUCAAUUUAUUGCAAGUGGUCAAGCGAAAUGGGUUCGUCAAUCAGGAUUAGUAUGUCUAUUGCCGCACGGCAUGGAAGGAAUGGGCCCCGAACACUCAUCAGGUCGUCUAGAACGCUUCCUAAGCUUAUGUGCCGACGACCCCGACUAUUUCCCUCCCGAAUCUGAUGAAUUCGCGAUUCGUCAAUUGCAUGACAUUAAUAUGAUCGUGGCGAACUGUUCGACACCUGGAAAUUAUUUCCACAUUUUACGUCGCCAAAUUGCUAUGCCUUUCCGCAAGCCAUUGAUUGUAAUGACACCUAAAUCUCUUUUGCGUCAUCCAUUGGCCAGGAGCCCAUUCAAGGAGAUGGCUGAAAAUAGUGAAUUCAGGCGGGUAAUUCCUGAUGAAGGCCCUGCUGCAGAAAACGCCGAUAACGUACGGAAAGUGCUUUUCUGUACUGGGCGAGUGUUUUACGACUUGCUCAAAGCGCGCCAGGACAAAAAAAUGGAUAAAGAUAUUGCUAUCGUUCGAGUAGAACAGAUUUCUCCUUUCCCAUUCGACUUAGUUAAAGAGCAAAGUAAUUUAUACAAAAAUGCUGAUUUGUUCUGGGUACAAGAAGAACACAAGAAUCAAGGCGCAUGGACAUACGUACAGCCACGGUUCUUGACCGCUCUUAACCAUGAUAAGGAUGUUGGCUCUUCUACACAAGUUACAGGCCAGAGAAGUAACGACUCUGCUUCUGAUUCCGAACACGGUUCGAAAUCUAAGCCAUGGUUGAGUCGCGUGUUCGCCCAUGAAAAGGCUACGGCCGCUGAAGGCGAUCACAAACCGGUCGACUACUUUGAUAUGCGCGAAGUUCGUGAUAUGCAAGGCAAUUUUAAUAAGCCCGCUGGUAUUCGAGACAUUUCUCCUAAAUACAAUUUUGGACGAAAAAUUAGCUACAUCGGAAGACCAUGCAGUGCUUCGGCCGCCACUGGAUCCAAGGUGCAGCACACCCGUGAGCUAAAUGCAUUGCUCAACGAUGCCACGACGGUCUAAAUCUAAACUUGACCAAAUGUACUCUGACAUACCGCAGAGCCUAUCGAAAACAGAUAGAGGUAUUUCAAACAUCCGCAUCUCGUGAUUUACGAGCUCUUAAAAUUAUUAUUUCCGAUAUUAUAUAAACGAUAAUGAAAUUUGUUAAUUUAAUACUUGAGAUUUUUUCUGUUGACCUUUAUAAUGAAAUGUAUUUAUUUAAUUAUUUACCAAAUAUUCCUGACUUUUUAAAACUGAAAUAUAAACUACAUCAUAAGCAAACAGUCUGCAGAAUAGUAAUCUCGAAGAAUUAGUUCGUUGCAGCAUACAUUUUCGUUUUUAAUUAAUCACGUAAUAAUGAUCAGAUCAUUCUAUAUAUUAAGACCAAAUGGUAAAAUGGUAUACAUAUUGGUGGACUUUAUAUGGUUUGAUCUGUUAUGCAAAACCAUCUUGAAAUUUAAAAUAUUUUUAAUCACUCUGAGCUGUAUUCAUAUUUCUGUUAUCAUAGACGCAGUCACAAACAUAAAAUUAUAUAUUAGGAUGCAUAAAAAAUAAAAAUGUAUUUUCAAUGAUGUGGUUAAACUGUUUAAUUAUUAUAUUAUGGGCCAGAGUUAAUGAAAUAACUAUGCCUAUUAAAAUACAACUUUAUAGCGUCAUUUCUUGACUUUGUAGUUUCGACUUGUUUUCGAUCUAUUGUUAUCUAUGUUUUAUAAAUACUUAUUUAUAUAAAAGUACAUAGAAAUAAAACAAAAAGAGAUAGA